GAGGAAAACGCAAAAUGGCGUUUGAUGGAGAAUAUGUUAUUGUGGUUAUGAUAAUAUUGUGUUCUUAACCAACACGUAUGCUGUUUGUUAGAGUAAACAUUGUUAAUAUUUGUGUUGGAUACAUUAGCUUCAGCGCUCUCAAUCAAUCAAUGAUGCUUAGCGUGCUAGUUAGCUUAGCGUGUUAGCUGCUAACAAAGAGAGGCGGAAGUGAUCAAAAAACAUCGCUUAGUUAAGAUCAAGUGUGAGUGUAAAGUGUUGUAAAAGUGUGAAAAUGUGCGAAAGAACGAUAGCAGAGUACGAGGAGGAACUUUGUCCAACAAAAGAGGAGAAGGAGCGACAACAUCAGAAACCUCAAGUUGUGUUACACAGAACAGACCAGCAGCCCCCCCACAUUAAAGAGGAAGAGGAGGAUGUGUGGAUCACUCAGGCAGGAGAGUUUCUUGUAGGGCAGGAGGAGGCUGAUCUCACCAAGUUUCCACUGACUGUUGUCUCUGUGAAGACUGAAGAGCAUGAAGACAAACCACCUGAGUCCUCACAGCUUCAUCACAGUCCAACAGAUGUGUGUGUAGAACAUCUCCCUGAACAACCGGAGUGCAGCUUCAGGAUGAUGAAAGAGGAGCCACAGCCCUCCCACAUUAAAGAGGAAGGUGAGGCGCCACAGACCCCUCACUUCAAAAAGGAGGUGGAGGAACACAGCAUCAGUCAGGAGAGAGAGCAGCUUGAAUGGUUGGAGGAGUUCCCAGUGAUUGGUGUGAUUGUGAAGAGUGAAGAUGAUGAGGUCAUUGGUGAAAGUGAGGAGGAGAGAGAGGCGGAGCCUCCAAGCAGCAGCUCAACUCAACACAUGACAACAGAAGCUGAUGGAGACCACUGUGGAGGAUCACAAGCAGACAAGCUCUUAGCUCCACUAUCAGAUAGUGAGGACACAACGUCACACUCUCCUGACACUGAUGAUGAACACUCUAAAGAUGAUAAGACAUGUCACACUGACAACACACAAGUCACAUGUUCUUUCUGUGACAAAACCUUUAAAUACCCUUGUUAUCUGAAGGUACACAUGAGAACACACACUGGCGAAAAACCCUUUUCUUGCUCAGUUUGUGGUAAUGGAUUUGCACGGAAAAAUGUGUUGAAAGAACACAUGAGAACACACACUGGGGAAAAACAUUUCUUCUGCUCAGUCUGUGGUAGAGAUUUUGGACGAAGACAACAUUUGAAAAUACACAUGCAAAUACACACUGGUGAAAAACCAUAUUGCUGUUCGAGCUGCAAAAAAAGCUUCAGUGACCGAUCAUCACUUGGAUUACACAUGAGGAUACACAGUGGAGAAAAACCUUUUUCCUGCUCAGUCUGUGGUAAAGGUUUUGCACAAAAUGGUAAUUUGAAAAAACACAUGAGAACGCACACCGGUGAAAAACCGUUUUCCUGUUCAAGCUGCGACAAAAGCUUUGGCGACCAAUCAGCACUCGCUAAACACACGAGAACACACACUGGUAAAAAACCUAUUUCUGUUAAUUUUGCAAUAGAAGUUUCACACCAAGUUGACUUUUGAAAAAAAACUAAAAGCAUGAGAGAACACACAGGAGAGAAAGUGUUGAGUCGCAGUGUGUGUGGUGAAAGAUUCCCUUAUACUAUUUGAUUAGAUCAUGUCUUAAGGUAAAUCUCCAUUCAGGCAAACAAACAAUAACAAUUAGAGAUGUCCGAUAAUAUCGGCCGAUAAAUGCUUUAAAAUGUAAUAUCAGAAAUUAUCUGUAUCGGUUCGGAAAUUACCGGUAUCUGUUUCAAAAGGUAAAAUGUAUGACUUUUUAAAACGCCGCUGUACGUAGUGGUACACGGACGUAGGGAGAAGUACAGAGCGACAAUAAACCUUAAAGGCACUGCCUUUGCGUGCCGGUCCAAUCACAUAAUACCUACGGCUUUUCACACACACAAGUGAAUGCAAUGCAUACUUGGUCAACAGCCAUACAGGUCACACUGAGGGUGACCGUAUAAACAAGUUUAACACUGUUACAAAUAUGCGCCACACUGUGAACCCACACCAAACAAGAAUGACAAACACAUUUCGGGAGAACAUCCGCACCGUAACACAACAGAACAAAUACCCAGAACCCCUUGCAGCACUAACUCUUCCGGGACGCUACAAUAUAUACCCCCCGCUACCCCCUACCAAAACCUGUUCCCCCCAACCCCACCCACCUCAACCUCCUCAUGCUCUCUCAGGGAUGUCCCAAAUUCCAAGAUGCUGUUUUGAGGCGUGUAAAAAAAAAUCAUGCACUUUGUGACUUCAAUAAUAAAUAUGGCAGUGCCAUGUUGCCAUUUUUUCUCCGUAACUUGAGUUGAUUUAUUUUGGAAAACCUUGUUACGUUGUUUAAUGCAUCCAGCGGGGCAUCGCAAAAAAAUUAGUUAAGUUAAAGUUAAAGUUAAAGUAACAAUGAUUGUCACACACACACUAGGUGUGGUGAAAUUUGUCCUCUGCAUUUGACCCAUCCCCUUGUUCACCCCCUGGGAGGUGAGGGGAGCAGUGGGCAGCAGCGGUGCCGCGCCCGGGAAUCAUUUUUGGUGAUUUAACCCCCAAUUCCAACCCUUGAUGCUGAGUGCCAAGCAGGGAGGUAAUGGGUCCCAUUUUUAUAGUAUUUGGUAUGACUCGGCCGGGGUUUGAACUCACAACCUACCGAUCUCAGGGCGGACACUCUAACCCAGGGGUCACCAACGCGGUGCCCGCGGGCACCAGGUCGCCCGUAAGGACCAGAUGAGUCGCCCGUGGGCCUGUUCUAAAAAAAAAAAAAAAAAAAAAAAAAAAAAAUUUUUUUUUUUUUUAAAU